CGCACGACGAAGGCCCUGCGGACCCCGCGCCACCAGCGCUGGCUGAGCACGGCGGCCGCCAAGGCGACGCAGUUCAAGCUGGAGAUGCUGGGCGGCAAGGACGCCGGCAUUGCGCUCUUCACCAUGGACAGACCCGAGGCACGCAAUGCGCUUGGAACGCAGUUCAUGGCCGAGUUCCGCCAGGCGCUGGACCAAGUCCGCUACGACCCCAAGGUCCGCGUGGUGAUUGUGCGCAGCGUCGUGCCCAAAGUGUUCUGCGCGGGCGCGGACUUGAAAGAGCGACUGGGCAUGACGCCUCCGGAGGCAGCGGCUUGCUCUCGCGGCUACCGCACGGGGUUCACCGACCUGGAGCAGCUUCCGAUGCCGACGAUUGCAGCCAUCGAGGGCGCUGCGCUUGGCGGGGGCAUGGAGAUGGCUUUGGCCUGCGACCUCCGCAUCGCUGGCGCCAAGGCCAUCCUCGGUUUCCCUGAGACGUCGCUGGCGAUCCUGCCUGGUGCUGGAGGCACCCAGCGCGCUUCUCGUCUGAUCGGCAUCUCGAAGGCCAAGGAGCUCAUCUUCACGAGCCGUCGACUCAACUCGGAGGCCGCCGAGAAGGUUGGUCUGGUGGACUAUGCCGUGCCCGAGGGACUGGCCUACGACAAGGCGCUGGAGAUCGCGCGCGAGAUCCUACCCAACGGACCCGUGGGCGUUCGCAUGGCCAAGGAGGCCAUCAUGCGCGGCUCCGAGGUGGACAUCGCCUCGGGAAUGGCCAUCGAAAACGCCUGCUACGCGCAGGUGAUCCCGACCAAGGACCGCAUCGAAGGUCUCGUCGCCUUCAAGGAGAAGCGCAAGCCGCAGUACAAGGGCGAG